CUUCUAUGCCAAUCCCAGAUCUAACAUUUUCUUUUCUUUGUCUGAAUAUUGUCAGUACAGAUUACAGAACACCACCACCAAAGACCAUUGUUAUUUUUACAUUUGUAUAUUCAUAUAUAAAAGCUAAAACUCACACAAACAUAUAUAUAUAUAUAUAUAUUAUAGAAGAGAAAGAAAGAGAGAGAGAGCGAGAUGGGCUUGGUGGGUGGUGAGGAAAAUGGGAAUGGAGAAAGGGUGGGAGAGGUUCAUAUUGGAAGCAAAAACAAAUACAAGAGGAUGGAUUCUGAUUUCGUAGAGGAGGAUUUGGCAUUGAACAGUGAUGGCAUGGUGAUGACAAAGAAGAAUUCUAAUUCCAAGAAAUUUGUGUUUCUCUGUGCCAUCUUUGCCUCCCUCAAUUCCGUGCUUCUUGGAUAUGAUGUGGGUGUUAUGAGUGGAGCAAUUUUAUUCAUUCAGGAAGAUCUGAAGAUAUCAGAGGUGCAAGAAGAGGUUCUUGUUGGAAUUUUAAGCAUAAUUUCCUUAUUGGGUAGUUUAGCUGCCGGGAAAACGUCAGAUGCCAUUGGUAGAAAAUGGACAAUUGCAUUUGCAGCCAUAAUCUUUCAGACCGGUGCUGCUAUAAUGACUUUUGCUCCUGAUUUUCGAGUAUUGAUGAUAGGUAGGCUCUUCGCUGGAAUAGGAAUUGGCUUUGGUGUCAUGAUUGCUCCUGUAUAUAUUGUUGAGAUAUCACCUGCCAUUGCCAGAGGAUCUCUUACCUCCUUUCCUGAGAUAUUUGUAAAUUUAGGAAUCCUUCUUGGAUAUGUAUCAAACUAUGCCUUUUCAGGACUGCCCCCACAUUUAAGCUGGAGGAUCAUGAUUGGUGCCGGAAUCUUUCCCUCAAUUUUUAUGGGAUUUGCAUUGUUUGUGAUUCCUGAAUCUCCGAGGUGGCUAGUUAUGCAGAACAGGAUUGAGGAAGCAAGAGAAGUGCUGCUAAAAACCAAUGAGAGUGAAAGAGAAGUGGAAGAAAGAUUGGCAGAAAUACAGGUAGCUGCUGGGAUGGCUAAUGCUGAGAAGUAUGAAGCCAAAGCUGUGUGGCGUGAAAUAUUAUACCCUUCUCCUCCAGUCCGACGAAUGCUAAUUACUGGCUGUGGAAUCCAAUGUUUCCAACAGCUUACAGGUAUUGAUGCAACUGUUUAUUAUAGCCCUACAAUCUUCAAAGAUGCUGGAAUUAAAGGCAAUACUCAGCUUCUUGCAGCAACUGUUGCUGUUGGGUUUACCAAAACUAUGUUCAUCUUGGUUGCUACGUUUCUUAUUGACAAAGUGGGGAGAAAGCCUCUGCUUUAUGUGAGCACAAUUGGAAUGACUACUUGCUUAAUUGGUCUAAGCCUUACUCUAACUUUCAUGGGGAAAGGGAAAAUUGGGAUUGAAUUAGCAAUUUUAGCAGUUUGUGGAAAUGUAGCUUUCUUCUCAGUAGGAAUUGGCCCAAUUUGUUGGGUUAUGUCAUCUGAAAUUUUCCCUCUAAGGCUAAGAGCUCAAGCAUCUGCCCUUGGGGCAGUUGGUAGUAGAGUCAGUAGUGGUGCAGUUGCUAUGUCCUUCCUCUCAGUGUCACGUGCAAUUACAGUAGGGGGAACCUUCUUUGUUUUCGCUGUAUUUUCAGCCUUUUCUGUUGCUUUUGUCCACACAUGUGUUCCAGAAACAAAAGGGAAGACUUUGGAGCAAAUUGAAAUGAUCUUUCAAAAUGAGGGAGAAUGGAAUAGACAAGAGCUGGAAAUGGGAGAUAUACAACAGUUGGUACAAAAAGAAUGAGGGGUGGCAUGCAUGUCCGACUACUAAAGAGAGAGGUUGUAAUUCUAAAACUCAUUCAACUAGCAUGGAAUUAUUCAAGAAAUACUAUGAAAUUAGCAAGUUCACAUCAUGAGGGUUCGAUUUAAUGUUGUGGAUAAGAGUCAAGCACCGUAACAGAACUAGAAAGGGUCAAAAUUUUUUCUUAUAGAAUUACAAAAUUGUUCUUUGCCCUUGCUUGAACUUAUUAGGAGCUUGAUUUGUACAUUUGCUCCUGUAUGAUUCUUUCAUAUUGGGUCCUGUAGAGAAGUUCAGAUUGCAUUGAUUCUUCAACAAAGAAGUCUGUAUCUUAGCGUAC